UCCCUAUCCUCCACCUCGACCCCGACCCCCGUCUCCUCCACCAUCCCCGUCCUCCCCCGCGCCCGCACCUGCGUCUGCCGCAGUCUCUGGGCCCAACUCGAACCCAACCCGCACAACCCCGCCGAGUUGAACCCUCCCAUGUUCGAAAGCGACAUGAUCGCCUUCACCACGGACGCCCGCAUGGAAAAAGCCGCUGAGAUCGUCGACACGGCCUCGGAAGAGCGGAUCGAAGCCGGGGGCGAGAUGACGGGCGGCGGAGGACCCGUCGAGGCAGUCUUCUGGAUUGAAAAGGCUAAAGACGCCCAAACAGGCGAGGAAAGAAAAGUGAUGACGCAGUGGCGGAUUCGAGGAUCGGCGUGGCUUUUGGGGCCGGACGUGGACAGUGAAGGGGCGAAGAAGGUGCGGGAGGUGUUGAGGCAACGGAUGCGCAGACUGGAGGGCAAGACACAAGAGGAUGAAGAGCAAUGGAGCUGGAGCAGGGAGGUUACGGCGCAUUUUGGAAAUUUGAAUCCGGUCAUGAGGGGCACGUUUCGCGGACCGCCGCCGGGACAGCCGGUGGCGUUCCCCCCUGGAAAAGGGGAGGAGCUGGGGCAGGAGGUGGUGGAUUUGCAGGAUGAGGUGGCGAGGAGGAAUUUUAGGGUGGUGGUGAUUGUGCCGACCGAGGUGGAUCAGGUUGAUUUGUCGGAUGCGAAGAGGGCGAGACGGUGGUUGUAUUUGUGGAGGGGAAAUAGUUAUCAUGCGAAGGAGGCGGGCGGGGAGGUGGAGGGGGAGUGGGAGAAGGUCGAGGUUUGGCCUUGAGGGAUUGAUUGGACUGGUUCGUGAUAUGGACCGUGUGAGUCUUUCGGGUAUGUGUCAUUAAUGAAAGGAAUGAAUGAUUGAAUAGUCAACAUGCCAUUUGAUAAACGGAUUACAGUGUUGGAGGAUAUGUGUCUUGACCUCAUGGUAGAGGCUGCGGACGGUUUGGGUUUUGUCAUUACAAUGUCAUCAAUCACUAGCUCCUAAGCAAUCGAAUCAACAGCUCAAUAGCUCUGAUAUCUCAUGCUCGAUUUCAAAAGGGAUUGAUGAAACUUUCUUUCAGUCAGCAUCAAAACACCCGAAUGUUGAUGAUUCCAGCCCAGGGGCUACUUCCGGUUCAGAUGAGAGCACCCUAACAAAUUAAACUCCGUGCUGAACAUACCUAUUAGCGAACAAAUAAACGAAU